UUCCUUUUAUGAAAUCAUGAGAGAAUGACACAGCAAGAUGUGGCCUUCAUUCUUUAUGCCCUUCUUCGCAAAAAGGUGAUGGGGCAUGGAAUCCUGACUGAAGAUGACACAAGACUUUUUAGACGUUUUAGAAGAAGACUUUAUUUGAAGGGCCAAAGAAGGCAGAUUUUUGAAAUAACAGGAUAUGUCCAGGAGCUUUUGCAGAGCAGACACACUGCACCUCAGAAAGAGCCCCGAUUGGGCCCUCACCUGCCAUCUGCAGCUGACUGGUCUAGUCCUCUGCAAGUCACAGCUGAUGGAUCCCGCCCAUCCGGACUCCAGCUCCCAGCCCUGGAGAGGGGAUUCCGCAGGGAGUCGCUGACUGAUAGCUGGUGCUGCAUCCUGAGCUUGCGCAGCUGCCUUGCCACUGUGACAGAGAGCAACACUGCCAGCUCAUUUGAAAGGCUGAGGACUGAACAGGCAUGGAGACGGAAUUGCUCUCUUAUUCCCAGAGGAUGCUCUCUACGCAUCAGAGCUGAGAAUUAUCGUGCAGGGACGAAAUAGAAAAAGUGUUUAUAAAGGAAGCACAUCCACCAUUGGACAAAAUUACAUAGCAAUUCUAUAGGUCCCAGCUGCAUGGAAAUGCUUUCAGAACAAAGACAUGAUCCCUUUGAAACUGAAACAAAGUCUUUUAGUGAUAGAAUUUCUGCUCCACAAUUUAUGAACGAAAUAUUUUAUAAUUGAAGGGCCUCUCUAAAGAUUUUCACUACCAUCUUUCUUGCCCCCAAGGGCUUCCAAAUUUCAUUGACAGCAAUAAAUCUUGUUUAGAAGUGUGCUACUUCUCUGUUUCAAAGAUGCACUGAAUAUUUUGCUGUUUAUGCAGUUCCUUGAAAUAACAGCAUAAUCAAGGAUCCAGAAAGUGAAGAUAUGUGGUGCUUUCUGAAAAGAACUUUUUGCAAUUUAUACAGUACCAUAAUAGAGGCUGCCUAUUCCAUUGCUUUAUUGGUAGAUAUUUGUAAUAAACAGAAAGAAAAUGCCUGUUGAAGCAAAUGAACCUGACCUCAUGGGGGGAAAAAAAGAACAUGGAAGAAAAAUAGUCCUGUAGCUUUCUAGAGACCUGAAUUUAGAAUGGAAUUUUCAAAGACGUUAGGUGCCCAAGUUCUGCUGAAAUUCAGUAAGAACUGGACUCCUGCCUUUCUUAAACGCCUUUGAAAAUCCAAGCUUUAAUCCCCGGCUCAAUCAAACUGUUGCAGGAGUGCUCUGUAGAUCUAUAUAUGUAAGUAGUUAAGGUGCUAAUAGAUCGUGCUCAGUAGGUAGUAGCAUAGUUCCUAAAGUUUAUAGGACCAGUAAAAUUUGUUGUGCUCUGCAAAGGCUGUUCUUUAUACCAUCUGUAAAAUGGGGCUAAUUAAACAUCCUUUUCUCACAGGGAUGUUUUGAGAAUAAAUUAAUUAAUGGCUGUGAGGUGUUCACAUUCUACCCUGAUAGAGGCCAUAGAAGUGCCUAAGUGGAUGGGCAAUACAAAGUUAAGUUGAUAUAACAAUGAAUCUAUGAAGUUUUAGAAAAUAUGAACAAAAAUACAGAAAUGGCACUGGUAUUAUUUCUAAGUUUUACUCUUGUUUUAUCACUGAGAAUGCAAGUGCUAUUCCGUUUGCAUAAGGAAGUCGUAAUGUUCUUCUGUUUGCCUCUGAUACCUGUGUGCUGCAUGCAUGGUUACUCUCUGUAUUAGGAUAAUAGGCAAGUAAGCCAAACAAGCUUCACCAAAGGCCUGGACUCACCUUUCUAAUACUAUAAGUAUGUCUAAACUGUAAUUAACGUGGGUUUUAGCCCAACCCCCACUACCAGCCACACAGAAAAACCUCUGCUCCUGAUUUGGAAGGGCUUUUAGCCCAAGCUAGCUUGUUUAUCUGAGGGUGUGGCUUAGAAUCUAAGCUCUGCUUUAACUCAGGCUGGAACCUGUUCACUUUGCAGUGAGGAUGCUGGCUUAAUCAUCCAGUGCCUUCCCAUAAUUUUCCUCAAAUCACAGACAUGUUCUCCCACAAUUGACUGGAAAAGAACCCUAGAGCCUCUCAGCACAAUGAAUCCUGGGCUAUGCCCCCAACACACACGGGUGAGUCACCUGCAGCAGCAUUGAGAUCACAAUGUAGGUAGAGCUUUGCUGGGAUGCUUACACCCUGGCUAAGCUAACUCAUUACUACCUGCCAAUGGCCCAGGUUAACUGGACAGGGUAGACAUAGCCUAUUUACUUGACUCUGAACAAGGGAUCUAGCUAACAUCUUGUAUAACCAUGUGUCAGAGGGUUCAGUGUCUGAACCUUGUAGCGUCUCCUGGUGGAGAGAGUUUGAGGCAGUAUGGCCAAGUGGUGAGAGUCAGUGGUUCUGGUGGUGGAGGAGCCCAGACCCUCCCUGCUCCAGUGGGUUCCAACCCAGGACCCAGUGACUGGCUGGUCAGGUAUGUGGCCUAAAGUGGACAUCCCUCCGUAAGCCUGCUCCCUAGGCCAGAGCCUCUGGCCCUGCAAAGUCACCGUAGAAUCUGCUUAUGGACUCAUCAAGUGUGUGGGAGGGGUUCUCCCUAGCAGUGAUCCAGAAACUCUUUUCCGUCAGGUGCAGCCACCCAUUCCCGGUCUCCAUGGGGGCCUUCUACUGCGUGGCAGCAAGGUCUGGUCCAGGCCGUGUGGAGCUUCCGUGGCCCCUCUGGAGCAGCUGAUAGCAUAAGACUGCUCCAUCACUCUGUCCACCCUGACUGCACUGGGCUGCUCCCUUUUGAGCUCUGCCUCCACUGGGAGCGUGCCUCAGAGGUGUGGUGGAGUGUGACAGUCUAGGCCCAGAGCUGCUUGUUAACCUUUGGUUCCCCGGUGUGGGGCUUGUAUGUCCCCCUCACACCAUGAAUCAAAGGAAUGUUGCUUGAUAAACCCUAGACAUGCUAUAGAAUCAUUAUGCUCGACUUGAAAUAAUGAAUAAAUUAUAUUAGCCGCAUCCUAACAGGCCUUAGGUCUAGAUAUAUUUUUCUCCCCGGAACUUUAUUUCUGCCUAAAUUUGGAGCUGGGUUACAUAGCUUUUGCUAUGUCAUUUCGCAAUUUCAAAUGGAAUUUAGACUAAUCAAACUUUGUUGCUCACCGCCAGCGGCACUCACUGUUUCCUGAUUUUAGGGAUGGCAGCAGUACAUGGGUCAUCAGGGGCACCAUAAUAAUUCCAUUGCUUUAAACCAAGGGCAAGAAGAUGAUAGCACAAAAAUGAAAACAUCAUCACAGAAAUGGGGAUAUUGUUCUCUCUGAAUUGCACUUAAAUCCAGACAUGAUCUUCACUGUAAUAGAUGGGAAUAGGAAUUAAUGUAGAAAGAUCAAGGCAAGGACACUCAGAAGCAAAGCUGUCAUUGUUAGGCCUAGUUUAUUGGAGUAUAUAGUGUAUGUUACUUACACUCUGUCUCUGCUCUCAGAAUCUAAUAAUUUCUACGUAAAAUGGAAGAAAUUAGGUGUGGAACAAGAGCAUUUACUCUGAAUUUUCUUGCUCUUGUUACAUGCUUAGGUGCAAACUUUAUAAUAAAGAGAAGGGGAAAAAUAUAAUAACAGGAAGUUCCACUUAAAAAUGCUUAUGCACUGAUGAGUAUAUUGUUGUGAAACUACAUGUUGUGCUGGUAUGUAAAUAGUGUAUUGAAAUUCCCUACCUUCUGUUUUUGAUUGAAAUGUAAUUUACAUGUGGAAUAUUUUUGCUUUGAUAAAUCAGUUGACCAUCCAUUUAUAAUGGCACUGUCAAAGAGAAAGCAUGUAAAGAAAUUAGAUCAGAAAAGGGAAGCUAAAAGCAUGAGAAAUGUUGGUAAAGCUUUACCACACUGCUUGGUUAGGCAAUCCCUGAGCUUUGCAUAGUAAUGAACUCAUAAGUAGAGCAGGUGUUUCCAUUCCAUGAAAGUUUGUGAGAUAUUGAAAAAUGUUCCUGUCCCGACAGAGGAUGAAAUGUCAAAAUCUUGAAAAAUGUGAACUGAAAGUUUGACCUCAAUAUUUGGUUUGGGUCAGUUGAAAUGCUUCAUUUUGA